AUGGCCGCGGAUCAGGCCGGCGACAGGGCGGACCGCAUCAGCGGCCACCCCGACGACCUCCUCGACGGCAUCCUCGUCCACCUCCACUGCACCGCCGAGGCCGCCCGCACCAGCGUCCUCUCCCGCCGCUGGCGCCGCGUCUGGACCACCCUCCCCGAGCUCUACUUCUGCGACAUCCACGAGCCGGCGGAGCCCGCGGUCCGGGCGCAGGACCGCGUCGACGCCGCCCUGGACGCGCACGCCGCGGCGGCGACGGUCAGCCGCCUCGAGCUCAAGAUGCCGUACUCGUCCAGCCACGUCGCCCCGGAGCGCGUCUCUUCCUGGCUGCGGUUCGCCUCGCGGCGCCUGGCGGGCGAACUCCGCCUCUCGCUGCCGUGCGGGCACGGGGACGACGGCGUGAAGGUUGAGCCCGAGCAGCGGCACGUCGCGCUCCCCGUAUGCGCCGGGGCUACGGCCAUCUCGUUCCACCACGUGAUGAGCCACACCCUGAGGUUCCCGCCGCCGCCUGCCGGCGGCACGUUCGCGGCGCUGGCCACCCUGAGAAUACGGCUGGCUCUGGUGAACGGGCCCGAGCUGGAAGUCGUCCUGUCCUCCGCCUGCCCGCGCUUGAAGAGGCUCGUCCUGGUGGAGAUCUUCCUCCGGGAUGAAGCUCGAGGCCUCUCCGAACGGUCCGAAUCGCUGGAGAAGCUCCACGUCAUCAUGAGCUUCAUGACCCGAGGCCGGCUCGAGGUGGUCGCCCCAGAGCUGCAGACGGUGUCGCUAGCUCAAUUGGUUCAAGUUUCGCUACGACCCUGCCCGCCAACGGUUUGA